AUGUCAAAAACAUUAUAUGAAAUCCUUGGAGUAGAAGAAGAUGCUUCGGAGGCAGAAAUCAAAAAAGCCUACCGUAAAUUAGCCUUAAAAUAUCACCCUGAUAAGAAUUCCGGUAGUAAAGAAGCCGAGGAAAAGUUUAAAGAGAUUAGCAAAGCAUAUGAUGUUUUGUCUGACCCGCAAAGAAGAAAAAAAUACGAUAAUGGCGGAGAUGCCGAAAAGUUAGUUAGUUUAAACUCUGAAAGUGAAUUAGAAACCUUUAAAAAUCAAAUGCUUAAUGCGAUUGAAGCAGCCAGAAUUAAAAAAAAUAAUGGUAAUAAUGGUGAAGAACCAAGUAGAAGAGAUUUUCCUAAUAUACCAGAAAGAAAUGUACCUUCAAAUAAUUCAAACUCUUCAUCUCAAAGUUCACAAAAUAGUUCUUUGUUACAUAAAUUGUUUGGUGAAGGUAAAUGA